AUGAAACAUGUAUAUUUAAAGUUAUUUAACAUAUUGUAGACACUAGAUUUUUGUGAACAAUACUAACAGUCAUGGUAGCACGGUUUUUACUGAUUGUCACAUUGUUUGUGUCUACGAUUGCACAGAAUCAGCAAGGAACCACCGUGACACCUGUACGUUACGCUCUAAUUCUGAACGAACUAGCCAAGGUCACAUCAGGGCGGGCGGCGUUGCAAGCAAAAGUUGCCCAAUAUAAAGAAAACUACGACCUGCUUGUAAGAAAAUCUGCUUCAGCUAAAGCUGCCUGUCGCUGUACCGGUGAUUCUACAGUGGCUUUUACUGCCCAUCUUGACAAAGACAUCACUGUUCUUGGCGUUGAUCAGCCGGUACCUUUCGAUAAUGUAACAUUAAACGAAGGGAAUGCUUACGAUGCAAGGCACGCCCAGUUCCGAGCACCUUUUAAUGGAACGUAUCAGUUUUUUGCUUCUUUGACCAACAAUGCAGGAUACACGUUGGCUGCGUCAUUCAUGUUGAAUGGUUCCCCAGUGAUUAAAAUACGCACUGCAAACGACAACCAAUUUCACACCGCAACUAACGGUCUGUUGUUGCACAUGCGCAAGGGUGAUGACUUGUGGGUUCAGCACGCUCAUUCAAUCUCGGAUUCAAACCGCUUAUACCACGGAGAGGGUCUCUUAACGACGUUUUCUGGAUAUAUUGUUAGCAAGGAUUAAAUUGUAAAUACAUUGGACCAGUAAAGUUAUAAACAAACAUUAAAAAAA